CAGCUUCAUCUUCAACUCUUUUCAAUAUAUACCACUGGACCGCAAACAAGUGGCCCAGGCGAUUGUUCCACUUGGCAGAACCAACGUCAAUUGCUACGCUCCCAGAGUGGCAUAUGCCUUGAAUGGCCACUGCAAAAUCCCUUCCAGGCAACUGCUUUGUCAUUCAAGCUUCAAUGGAACCUACAGAAUUUGCACAUCACGAACAAAUGGAGUUCGAACUGGACGUGGAGAGAAGAUAACCCCUGUGAUGGCAUAAUAUGAUUACUUGGAGCUAUGGUGCUUUCUGCUUCCUGCACAGUUAUAUCGGCGUUUCUAAACUCUCAUGUAACGGGUGCCACGCAUUCAUCACAGCAUGCAAUGGAGAACUCUACACCUACAACAAGUCAUAUCAUCCAAGGCGGUUCGCACAAGACACCUCAUCUUUUACGCAGUAUGCAAGCGAUCCUGGGCACCAUCUAAGCACGAAUCCAUGAUGCAUUUCCAAAAGCAAUAUGGUGGCACGAUACUUAUAAGCUCAUUGACUAAUACUUCUACCGGGUCUUAUUCAUUGCAUGAAUUAUCCAGGACGCCCAGUAAAUUCUCUCGUGGUGAAGUAAGAGUUGGAUCUUCGGUUUGGACCAAACGUUCAGAUAUCCCAGGACUACAUCGCAGGAUGGCGAAAGGAGGCCCUCGCUGCCUCCCGGGCAACCAUUCGUCAAGUCCUCUGAUGAGCGAACAAUUAUACAAUGGCUGGAAAAUUUUGAUAUGUUUGUCUGCACUUCUGGUACCCUUGGAAGGCUCAAGUGACUAUCAGAAGCGCAGUGCUCGUGUCUCUUAUUCUGUGAACUCAGCUGGUCUAAACCUACCAAAGAACUAUCCUAAAGCAGAAUAUGAAUAAAGGCAGAGAUCUAUGUGAGAAAGUCGACAGUUCAAGGACGUGAGUUAUUCUGGAGAAAUACGAAUUUGUGAUAUUGUUUUGUUUAUUCGAUAGGAUCGACUCGGCCUAUGAAGAUUCUAGGAUA